AAUCCCAACUCUGAAUGUGGCAAACGGGUAGUAGUUGAAGCAAAUUAAUGCAAAAAUAUAUCAUCAAUGCAAGAGCAAGAAAUGUGAAGUUCUCUGGCAAGUAUAUAAAUCCCUUUGGAUCUUGAUGCCAUUUGCUCACAUUAGUUGUCUGAAAAAACAGAAAAAAUAAAGGUGUCACAUACAAUUCUAAAUUUAUUCUUUGAAGAUGAUAAGUGAGGGAGUGAUGAGGGUAGGGGUGUUAGCAUUACUUUGCUUUUAUGUUCUUGUGGGGAGUGUGGCUUUCGCUAGAAAUGUGAAAGAUUUUGAGGAUGAAAAGUUUUUUACUAUUGGUGAGGGAGGGGGAUUUGGUGGUGGUUUUGGUGGUGGUGGAGGUUUUGGCAGUGAAGGUGGUGGAGGGUAUGGUGGAGGCGGAGGAGGUGGUUAUGGUGGAGGUGGUAUUGGAAAAGGUGGUGGAAUUGGGGGCGGUGCAGGAGGCGGCGGUGGAAUAGGCGGAGGAAUUGGGGGUGGUGCGGGAGGUGGAAGAGGAAUAGGUGGAGGCAUUGGUAAAGGUGGUGGCAUUGGCGGAGGAGUUGGUGGCGGUGCAGGAGGUGGAGGAGGAAUAGGUGGAGGCAUUGGUAAAGGGGGUGGAAUUGGAGGAGGAGCUGGAGGUGGGGGAGGAAUAGGUGGAGGCAUCGGUAAAGGUGGUGGCAUUGGAGGAGGAGCUGGUGGCGGUGCAGGAGGUGGGGGCGGAAUAGGUGGAGGUAUUGGUAAAGGUGGUGGCAUUGGAGGUGGAGCUGGUGGUGGCAUUGGAGGAGGAGCUGGUGGUGGUGCAGGAGGCGGGGGUGGAAUAGGUGGAGGCGUUGGAGGUGGAGCUGGUGGUGGGGGAGGAAUCGGUAAAGGUGGUGGUAUCGGAGGAGGAGCUGGUGGCGGCGCAGGAGGUGGAAUAGGUGGAGGCGUUGGUAAAGGUGGUGGUAUUGGAGGAGGAGUUGGUGGUGGUGCAGGAGGCGGGGGUGGAAUAGGUGGAGGCGUUGGAGGUGGAGCUGGUGGUGGGGGAGGAAUUGGUAAAGGUGGUGGUAUCGGAGGAGGAGUUGGUGGCGGUGCAGGAGGCGGGGGUGGAAUAGGUGGAGGCAUUGGAGGUGGAGCUGGUGGCAGUGUUGGUAAAAGUGGUGGCAUUGGAGGUGGAGCUGGUGGCGGUGCAGGAGGCGGUAUUGGUGGGGGAGCUGGAGGCGGAAAAGGAGGAGGAAUUGGUGGUGGUGCUGGUGGAGGAGCUGGUGGUGGUGUAGGAGGAGGUAUCGGCGGAGGAGCCGGAGGUGGUGCAGGAGGAGGUAUUGGAAAAGGUGGUGGCAUAGGAGGUGGUAUUGGCAAAGGUGGCGGAAUUGGUGGAGGAGGUGGAAUUGGCAAAGGUGGAGGCAUUGGAGGUGGCGUAGGUGGAGGUGGAGGUGGUGGUAUAGGAGGAGGAAUUGGUAAGGGUGGUGGUGUAGGAGGAGGAAUUGGCAAAGGUGGUGGUAUUGGUGGUGGUGCAGGAGGAGGAGUUGGUGGUGGUAUCGGAGGAGGUGCCGGUGGUGGUGGUGGAGGAGGAGGAGGAGUUGGUGGUGGUGUCGGAGGAGGUGUCGGUGGUGGUGUAGGAGGAGGAGUUGGUGGUGGCAUCGGAGGAGGUGCCGGUGGUGGUGGUGGAGGAGGAGGAGGAGUUGGUGGUGGUGUCGGUGGUGGUGCAGGAGGAGGAGUUGGUGGUGGCAUCGGAGGAGGUGCCGGUGGUGGUGGUGGAGGAGGAGGAGGAGUUGGUGGUGGUGUCGGUGGUGGUGCAGGAGGAGGAGUUGGUGGUGGCAUCGGAGGAGGUGCCGGUGGUGGUGGUGGAGGAGGAGGAGGAGUUGGUGGUGGUGUCGGUGGUGGUGCAGGAGGAGGAGUUGGUGGUGGCAUCGGAGGAGGUGCCGGUGGUGGUGGUGGAGGAGGAGGAGGAGUUGGUGGUGGUGUCGGUGGUGGUGCAGGAGGAGGAGUUGGUGGUGGCAUCGGAGGAGGUGCCGGUGGUGGUGGUGGAGGAGGAGGAGGAGGAGUUGGUGGUGGUGUCGGAGGAGGUGUCGGUGGUGGUGCAGGAGGAGGAGUUGGUGGUGGUGGUGGUGGUGGUGGAGGUGGAGGAGGAGUUGGUGGUGGCGUUGGAGGAGGUGUCGGUGGUGGUGUAGGAGGAGGAAUUGGCAAGGGUGGCGGCAUUGGAUUUGGUGGUGGUGGUGGCGGAGGAGGAGGAAUUGGUGGCAUUGGAGGAGGUGCCGGUGGUGGAUUUGGAGGCGGAUUUGGUGUAGGAGGUAGUUUAGGUACAGGUAUCGGAGGUGGUUUUGGUGGAGGAGGUGGUGGUGGAAUUGGAGGAGGUUACUAA